CAUCAAUCCAUCUUCUUUUACCCGCCAUCAAUCAAGCUUUUUUGAUUUUUUGUCUCAAACUUCCGAUAAGACGACACUCUUAUGAUGCAAAUGAGCAGGCGGAUGACAGUUGCUGUCCUUGUUGUUCCUCCCCCCUCCCGGAUCUCCUAAUUUAAAUGGGCCGCCGGAGUCAUCACCGCCGCCACCGCUUGUAUUCUCCCUUUGGCUCUCCGUCGAUCUUCGUUUUAUCCAUAUUUUUGAUACUGUCAUUCUCUUAUUUUUCUGUUGUCAAAGUCAAAGGUAACCGCACCCAGGCCCAAGCUUCUGUCACACCUCUCAAUCUCGAUCUUUAUCAUACGAGUGGAGCUUUGCUGGAAGAAAUAGAGGCAUUGGUGCAUCGACACCCAGACAGACUCUCUAUCAAAACCAUUUCUAGUAAGAAUAAAGGGUACCAUGCUGAUACAACUGUAGUUACAUACUGCCAGAAUUUGAAAGACUGUGACUAUAGAUCAAAAGUUAGAAUCCUCCUCAGUUUUGGACAGCAUGGGAGGGAGCUCAUAACAACUGAGCUUGCACUACGGAUUCUUUCUAUUUUAAGUGAGGAAGAACUCUUACCAAAGGGAUAUCCACUUACUCUCAAUAACCCUUUAGAAAAGCUUGUUAUAAAGGUUGUCCCAGUGGAAAAUGUAAAUGGCCGUAGACGUGUUGAAAAGGGGGAUCUCUGUGAAAGAAGAAAUGGAAGAGGAGUUGAUCUCAAUCGGAAUUGGAGUGUAGAUUGGGGCAAAAAAGAGAAGGAUUAUGAUCCAUAUGAAGAAAAUCCUGGGACUGCUCCCUUUAGUGAGCCUGAGACUCAGAUAAUGCGUAGAUUAUCUGCAACAUUUGAGCCACACAUAUGGGUUAAUGUGCAUUCUGGGAUGGAGGCCCUAUUCAUGCCAUACGAUCACAAGAACACCACUCCAGAUGGGUUACUCUCCCAGAGGAUGAAAUUGAUGCUUGAAAAGCUUAAUCAUUUUCACUUGAGCGACCGCUGUUUGGUUGGAUCCGGUGGAGGCUCUGUAGGGUAUCUAGCACAUGGGACUUCAACAGAUUACAUGUAUGAUGUCGGGAGGGUGCCUAUGACUUUCACAUUUGAGAUUUAUGGGGAUCCUGCAGCCUCAUCAAAGGAUUGUUUUAAGAUGUUCAAUCCCACUAGCGUGACCACUUUCAAUAGAGUUCUGAAUGAUUGGUCUGCUGUGUUCUUUACAUUGUUCAGUAUCAGCGCACACCAGAUUGAAGAAUUUCAUUCAAACGAUUCAACAUCUAGUAGUUUCAAGAAGUGGGUUUCCAUUGAUGACUACUUGAAUGGUUAUCUAAUGGAAAGAAAAAGCAGGUAUGGGAAAAAGAUGGAAGUGCUUGAUCUGGGAAUGCAAGAAAUCAGGACGUAUUUUAGACUGUUCUUGUUAUCAUCGGUGCUACUGCUGUUUAUGUUUUGUUCUAGGAUCUCAAAGAACAGUAGGCAGAUAGUCUCUGCUAUGUCCAUUUGAUCGGUAGAAAAGAAAAUUGUACUCCUUCCAUCCCAUAAAAAGAGUCCUGUUUGAUCAAAUGAAGGUAAUAUUUGUAGAACUUUUCCAAUAUAUAAACAAACAAGUUUAAAUGUUUAAAACAAUAAAUUUAUGCCAGACAAGACAAGACUUUUUUUCACGCAUUUGUACAGUUGUACACUUGUACCUUGGCAAAACUAAAAUGUUGUGCCUUGGCCAGACAAGAGAAGACUUUUUUUAAAAAGGAGUACUAUAAGAAAAUCUUGGCGAAAAAGACAGGGACCUAAGGAUUUAUUUUCCAGUGUAAAUAUUAGCUUUUUAAACUUUCUGUUUAUAUCCAAUUGCCUUGCUAUACUUUUCCAGGAAAUCUGAUACAGGAAGUCCUGAUGAUUGUAUUCAGCCGUGUAAUUCAUCACAUAUAUAUUUUUUUUUUAAUUUGCUUUGGGCUAAUUGUCUUGUUUAUAGUGCUGUGAAAGAAAAUGGAUUGGACUGCCGUCAGGCAUUUAUAUUAAACUCCUUUGGGACUUUUUAUACGUU